AUGAGUGACCUGACAAGGAAGUUAAAUGACAGGGGAGUAGUGGGUCUUGGUCUGAAUUAUAUCUUGCUUGACAAGUACUCUCCUAGUCCUCUAGGGAGUGCAUGUAGUGACACCAAGCUUCAAGACGACGGACCCACUUCCGACCCAAAAUGUGGGCCUGACAGAAAGCAGGCGGUGCGUUUCCGCCGUGAAUCUCGCAUCCCAAAAGCGUGUGACGGUGGGAAACGCGCCCAACAGCCCGCAAUGGGACGCAGACCGAACCCUCUGAUCCUCGAGUACUUCGAGCGCGGGCCCAAGUUGAACGACAACAGCAAUCGAUACCCUCAUACGUGCAAGCAAUGCGGAGAGAACUUUCCCAAGGGUCGAAUCGACAGUUUGACAACACACAUUACCAAACGAUGCCCCGCCAUUUCCGACUCGGAACGCAUGCGAGCCUGCCUCGAACUCCAUGGCAUCACACAAGCGAGAACGGCUGCCGAGCGACACCAACAAGUGCAGGCGGCCCAGGCGGCCCAGGCUGCAGCUCAAGCUAAUGGACAGCAGACAUCUCCGAGUGCGCUGCCUCAGGGAUGGAGUGCGCUUGAGACUCUGGCAGAGGCUUCGCGCCAGGUAGACUUGAAUGAGAAUAGCCGCGGAAGUAAACCCCCGGCGGCGCAGCCACAAGCAAACGGCGCCCAAAAUGAAGAGCGAUUCGAACUACAGGAACAGUAUACUCUCUAUAAUCCGCCCGCUAGCAAUGAAACUACUCGGUCGCAGGCAACCGGCAAAAAGGCACCUUUCCAAACACCUCCGCCCACCGCCACGGAACUAUCCCCAGAAGAAAGACUCCAGGCCCUUCUGCCAGCGAGCGAAUCCUCCCCUGACGCGACUAACCUCUCUGUCGCGGUGGCCGCUGCUGCUCGACUCAACCCGUCCUUCCUCGACCCUCAACUCGUCAAUGGCGAUGCAACCCCUACAUCUCCAUCUGUUGCUGAUAGCGCCGGAGCGGCGGGGGGGGGGGGGGCUGCCCAUCCCAUCCUCCAAACACCUCCGCCCACCGCCACGGAACUAUCCCCAGAAGAAAGACUCCAGGCCCUUCUGCCAGCGAGCGAAUCCUCCCCUGACGCGACUAACCUCUCUGUCGCGGUGGCCGCUGCUGCUCGACUCAACCCGUCCUUCCUCGACCCUCAACUCGUCAAUGGCGAUGCAACCCCUACAUCUCCAUCUGUUGCUGAUAGCGCCGGAGCGGCGGUGGCCGACAGCACUCCUACCACGGCCGUCGAUACUACCGCUAUCCAACCUUGGGGAGAAAUGACCUACUUUAGAGCUACAUCGCCAGCUCACAUUCUUACAGACAACCCCCCGGUGGCGCCUCUCCCGCUGAUUCGAGGCGGCGUUCGCAUGGACACAAGUUCAGGCGUACUUAAUGGGCGAUCCCGCAACUUCAGAUCAAAGUUCACCCCUGCCAGACGUCAAGAAGUCAAGGAGGUUCGCAAGGUAGGGGCUUGUAUCCGAUGCCGUAUUCUCCGCAAGAUCUGCAGCAAAGGCACGCCGUGCGACACCUGCCGCAAAGUCCUUUCCCCUCGCGUUUGGAUGACGGGCUGCGUUCGCUCACGCUUACACGAGCAACUGGAUCUCUACUCUGCCGGAGUCCAAGUCGUCUUAUCCCAAAACCGCAUCAACAUGCUCAAGGAGCAACUACACCUGGUAAAUGACGGCGCCGUAGUCGAAGUGUCCCACUUUGCAGAAACCAACAAGACCAUUGUUCUAGCCGCCGCCGCGGCCUUAUUAGAGCCUAUCCAGCAAGAAGGCGUCACACCUGAGGCCCAGGAAUUCCUUCACAAAGUCAUCAUGAUUGAUCAAGACAAGGACGACGUGCCCGGAAAAGUAGAAAGCUACAUGCGCGACGUCCUAGACCUCUUCAUCGAGCGCGAGCCGUCCAAGUUCAUGCGUGUCACCCUCGAAACUGCCAAGUCGCAACUUGCCGAUAAGACGGACGAGCCGCUCAAAAGGGCCCUUGAGCUAUGGGGGCUCGUGGAAAGCAUCGACCGCGAGCGGCAGUGGAGCAUCGUCGAAAAGCCCAGCGCCGACUCCGAACACGGGCGUCCCAUCAAGGAGGAAAACGAAAGCGACGCAGACAUCUACACCAUGAUGUGCAUGCAGCUCAACGCCGCGGCGGAGCGCAAGGCAAAUAGCACCUCCAAGGCUCUGCUGAACCUCAUGGAUCGCCAGUUGGCAGACAGCAAAACCAGGGUCGGCUUCAAAAUUUACCUAGCGGCCUUGAUAUUCCUCAACUGCGUCGAGAAGUCGACGUGGGCGUUCAAGGCCUGGGAACAAGACCAUCUUCGUCCCGGCUGGCCGCUCGAGCGCGACCCAAGCGUCUUCACCCAGCAGGGCGGCAACUUGGCCGGUCUGAUCAAGAUGCUCCUGGCGAUACGCAAGGCGCUGCCGCAGACGUGUCGCGGCGCGGACGGCAAGCUGGCCACGCAGGACCAGGAUACUGUCGUCGUCAAGUAUUUCCAGGACCUGGACAUGGAGUAUGACACUAUUGAAGCUCGCCAGCGCGGCUCGCAGUUCUCCCCGGCGGACUCGCGCUCCCUCGAACUGAUGUUCUGCUCGCACUUGCUGCUCCCUAAUGCGCCGGCGUGA